UGGAGGGAGUGUUUCUUUGACCCUUCAUUGAUAGGGAGUAGUCUUCCGUAUAAUGAACUCAAUAUUUUUCUCUAUUAUUAAAAUCGUUUGUGAUCAUCUUCCCACUUUAAAAAGUCAUUCAGCUACUAUUGUCUCACUCUGCGCUCUCUUUUCUCUUCCAUCAGUCUUUCCAGUUUCUGCAGGAGAGGACUAGAAAUCUUGCCCGGUCUUUUCAUAACCGGCAAAGUACCGGAGCACUUUACCGGCCUUUUACGGAGAAACGCUGUACAAGAAAAAAAUAAAGUCUGGGUUUUGGGGGGGUCAAAGUCCUUGUAUACGAUCACCUGUUAAGGUAGAAAAAAUUGGUGUGAACACAUACAUGGAGACAGAGAGGAAAAGCUACUAAGAUUGGAACUUCCUUUUGGACUGUUGCGUUCAGUGCGCCCCCACAAAUCCCCUAGCUAAGGCGUUUUGUGCCCUACACGUUCUAGUAAGACGAUUUUCUGCAGAGAGAGGGAGAGGGACAGAGAGAAACGCUGCAAUUCAUCCGACCCGUUGAAAUUUCGGAGUGAUCUUUGCAUUUUCUAAUCUUGCAUGAUUUGAAGCGAAGGGACAAAACAAAAAUGAUGGAACACAAAAGAGGUCCCAUCUCUCUUGAGCACAGUAGCAUGACAUCUUUGACUCCUAAACGUCUCAAGGCAGAUAUGUCCCUUUCUUCCAAGGAAAAGAAAGAGAAAUUUGGGGAGCGCAUCACAGCUCUGCAGCAGAUUGUAUCACCAUUUGGAAAGACAGACACAGCCUCUGUUCUACUUGAAGCAAUGGGGUACAUAAACUUCCUCCAUGAGCAGGUUAAGGUGCUAAGUGCUCCAUAUCUCCAUUCUACGCCACAAACAACUACACAGGAACCCCACUCCUACAGUUUGAGAGGUAAGGGUUUAUGCCUUGUGCCUCUGUCAUACACCAAUGGGGUUGCCGGUAGCAAUGGUGCAGAUAUAUGGGCUCCUGCUAGAAAAUGUUGAAACAGACAUUGCUUUGCUAGACUGUGCGAGAUUCAAGGUAGGUAGCCAAAUAAAACGCCCAGUAAAUGCAAAGCAACAGGAUGUAAAACAUUAUCGCCUUAUGUUGGUUAUGGAUUGAGGAGUUCGGGGAUGUCUAACAGCAAAACCUGGAAGCUGAUACUCUUUUGGGAAGCAUUCAGCUAUAGUUAGAGCCUAAUUAUCCAGGUUUAUUGCCAAUUGUAUAUGCUUGAACAAUGAGUUGUAUAAUAGUUAUAAUAUUUAUAAUUAUAAUGAUAAUUAAUAAUGAUCUUAGACUCUUUGUGGCUCGCGGUAAUAUUGGAACCCGUCAUUGGGAUGUAGGAGCUUUUUGAGUUCAAAAGCAUUCCUUCAAUUGGGUUAAAG